UAGUGGUUAGAGCAAGUAAUCAACAUGUUACAAUUACACUCAGUUUAUAUAAUUUUUGCAGUUUUAUUAUUGAUUUCAUUAUUUGAAAUCAAUGCUUUACCUUUAAUUAAAAACAAUAUCGAUCCAGAAAUUUCUUCAGGUCAAUUUGAGGGUGAUAUGCUAUUGACUCCCGAACAACUAAAUGAUUUGACAAAUUCUUUUCCAAAAAUACAAGGCAGAAAUGGUUUAGUGUCGCCUACAUAUAGAUGGCCCAAUAAUAUUGUUUAUUAUAAAAUUGUGGGCAAUUUUGAUGCGGCUCAUCGUCAAGCUAUAUUAGAAGGUAUAGCCACCAUAGAGGCACGCACUUGUAUACGUUUCCAUGAGGCCGAUGAUUCUCAACCACACUAUGUAGCUAUUACUUCUGAUUCCGGAGGCUGCUAUACAGCUGUUGGUUAUCUAGCAAAAGUCCAACAAAUGAACUUAGAAGUUUAUCCACUAAAUGAAGGAUGUUUCCGCACCGGCACUAUACUCCAUGAAUUCAUGCAUGCUCUCGGUUUCUAUCAUCAACAAAGUGAUCCCCAGCGGGAUGAUUAUAUAGAAAUUCUCUAUGAAAAUGUCAUACCCGGCAAAGAGUUUAAUUUUGAAAAAUAUCAAAGUACUUUUGUAACAGAUUUUGAUAUGGGCUAUGACUACGAAAGUUGUCUACAUUAUAGUUCUACAGCAUUUUCUGUAAAUGGCAAAGCAACCAUAAGAACUUUGGAUUCUAAAGCCGAGAUAGGUCAGAGAAUUGGUUUGAGUGAUAAAGAUAUUUCUAAGAUCAAUAUCAUGUAUAAGUGUCCCAUAUUGAUUUAAUAGAUUAAGAUUUGUUUUUACUGUAAACAUUAUUAGUAUGCCGGCAUAACUGAUAAAUAAGCGAUGACACAUUCUUGUGGAUAUUAUAUGAAUAUACUAUUUAGUUGUUAUUAUGACGCCUCAUUUUAUCACGGCCCUACAAAUUACAAGUGUCUUGAUUAUUUUUUAAGUAUUUACAUUUAGUUCUAAACGCCAAUUUAUUUAAUUGUGAUAUGUCGUUAAAAUGUAUUUUGCUUUGAAGUAAAUUUUUUUUUAAUAAAAUAUAGUAAUUUAUUUUA